UCAGACUUUCAGGUAAAACCAGACCGGAGCAGAAAAUGUCGAACAAACAUUUGUUUAUGAAAUCAGGAUUCCCGCGGGCACCUUUUGGCCUCGGGAUCGGACGUUACGUCUGUCAGUUGCAGAGAGUAACUUUAAAGUUUUGCAAAAGCAAUGGUUCAAGUAGAGGAGUAAGAGGCUUCAUAGAGCAUGAUCUAGUUAAUUAUGCAAAUGAAAAUCCAGGAGUGGUAGUAUAUGUCAAACCAAGAAGACACAGGCAGCCGGUUAUAGUUGCAGAAUAUUUGAAUGGUGAUAGGCAAUGGAUGGAAGUUGGUAAUUAUAGCCGGGAGGAUAUUAUCAAAUGGAUGGAAUUGUUACGGACGCAGUUUCAUAACGGCCCUUCCUUGAGAUUACGUAAACUGUGGCACACAGAAUUUCCAUCCAUCCAGGGACCAUGGACACCAUUCACCUUUAGAAAUCCCAUGUUAAACUUGACACAGUUUCCUAAUGAGAAACUUGGUGCAGCUAUUAAGCUUGAUCCUACAGCAACAGAACAACUUGUCGAAUUAUUCAAGGCUCAGCAGUUGACUGACAACACAUCUGACACAUCUGACAAUUCUGCAAAAGUCCACCAAGAUUCUGAACAAAUUUCAAAACACAUUCAAAGAGCAUAAUUUUUUAAUGUUUAAUAUAGCAAUUCUUAUUUUUAGUUUAGGGUGUAUAUAAAUCUGUACACAUAGUAAUAAAUAAUCUUGUAUAUUUCAUAAAUGCAAUAUCAGUACACAACGUUGUCAAUA